AUGGAGGCAGUCGAAAUCUUCUCGGGUGCUAACUGCGCUGGGACACCAGACGUGCUGGCCGUGUACAAUGAGAACGCGUGUAGCGACAUCAGCUUCGGCAACGACACGUACUAUAUAAGCCGAUCAUGUAACAUCUCGGACAGGUUCGCACACACUGAACAAGUAUUCGGAGACUUCACGUACGUGAUCAUGGAGACAUAUGACAACAAGAGCUGCACGUCAUUUGGAGAAGCAGAUACCUUCUUGGCGUCGGGAAGUUGCGAAAUAUCGUCCGGGCUCGGAGACCAGUCUGCCAUUACGAUUCUCUUCCCAAAUGGAUCUGCUGUAGUAUCGCUUUAUCCUAACAAAGCGUGUGGAGGCGAGCCUUCCUUGCACUUUGAGCUUAGCAAGACGGCACUAUCCACGGGUUCUUGUCAACAAGAUUUGUACAGAUUUUACAGCAGUGAAAAGCAGGAUACUUUCACAGAGUUUCAAUCACCCCGAAUCGGCCAAAAAAAUAACUCUUUGACUGCCCCAGGAACGCUAGAUUCACAUUUGGAUGACGGCCAGAGGGGGUCACAAAAGCCGCUCAGUCUUGUUCGUUUAUGGGACGAUGAAGUCAUCGCUACAGCUCGGAUCUCUCGCGAGAAGAUCGUCAUUCAGCGUCACCUCUGUCGUGGCGGUGGUGGCGAGGUUUAUUAUGGACUUUUUAACCAGCAACAAGUCGCGAUCAAGAUGCUGCUGCCGGAUAUGCGCAAGAGCGUCAAACAUGUGAACGCAUUCUUGGCUGAGGUGAAGCUUAUGGCAACUCUCGACCACCCCCGCAUUGUUCAGUUUGUGGGCGUAGCAUGGGACUCUCUGACCGAUUUGUGUGUCGUCUCUGAGUUCAUGGAAGGCGGCGACUUAUGGGGAUUGCUGACGAGGUAUCAAAAUGAGAACCACCCUACAGGUUUCGACCGUACCAAGGUGACCAUCGCCUUACAUGUCGCUCACGCUCUCACAUACCUUCACUCGCUUGAAACCCCACCAAGCUCACGGACUUUGGUAUCUCCCGAGAACAAGCCGAUAGAACCAUGA